CUCUCCCGUGAGAUUUACUCUAUUUUAGAGCAGAAUUAAUUUGCACUGGCUAGACUUCCCGGCGUAGCUCUCUCAUCAUCUAAUGCUUCACCUAGUCCUAAGGAGCAAAGAACAGGAGCAGCGGCAUUAUCGGAUAAAAUAAUUUACAUUUUUAUUGUUUGGGAUUUAUUGAGGGCACAAAGAAUUAGGUUAGACUGAUUGCAUUUGUUAGAUAAAGUCCCACUUAUAAUUGUGUCCCGCCCCCAAGAGGUGUGCCGUACACCGUGACCCACUAUCCCCCACACUCCUCUACCCCCCACUUGCUCAUUCCCCAUCCUCCCAUAUCGUUUUUAAAAACUAGAAAUAAGGUUUAUUUGCCUAACUGUUGGUUAAACUGCUCCCAUGUGGAAUUUAAGAAAGAACUUGGUUCCUUAAACAAACUGGGCUUCCAGUCGUAGGCCCACUACUUGCCAGUCGAGUUAAUUCUUAGUUUCCCCUGCAUGGAAGCUGAGGACGGCCACCUCUACCCUGCAUGAUUGGUCGGAGGACACAAGAUGAUGUGGGCAACUGCCCAACCCACAUGGUACUCAAGUAUAUUUCGUCCCUCUCAGAACCUACCGGGGGGCGAGCGCUAUAUUUAGUCACCGGAAAACGGCCGGAACGGCUGACGGUCUGCCAUCUUCGUCCAGGUUGUGCUUUCCAGGGCCUCAGCUUCUGAUACUCCGCAGCCGCGGUAACCUCUGCAGCUCUACUUGCUACCCCAAAAGCUCGGGGUAAGGGGCCAUGGGCCUCCUACUAGCACCGCCCUCCUCGUCUGCGUAACCAAUCAUCACGAGGCUUGUAGAUUCCCGCUCCCGGACUGGCUGCGGUCCUAACUACGCCGCGCGCGCCCAGCGUGGGCGUCCGGCGGGAGGCGGUGACUUCCGGCUCGGGACAGCGCUGUGGUGGCGGAGGUGCAGCUAGGCCAGCGCCACUUGUGUAAACGCGGGGGUGUGUCGGCAGAGCGGGCUGCCAGGUCCGGACUCGGGGAAUCCCAGUGGCCACGGCUUCCUGGGAGCUGGCUUCUGUGGUCACUGUAAGGCGAAGCGGAGCGGCGGGGCAGGAGCAUUCCUAGGCCAGCAGGGUCAGGCUCGUGGCUGAAAGACCUCUUCAUCUUACAUAGCAUCUGGAAGUUAAAUCCUCGACCCUCUGGGAUCUCUUUUUCCGAAGAGGCCAUGGAUACCUCGACUCAUUUGCCUUCUGUACCCUCCUCCCCGAUCUGUAACCCAGCCCCACGGACAAUCCAGAUCGAGUUCCCGCAGCAUAGCUCAUCACUGCUGGAAUCCCUGAACCGCCACAGGCUAGAAGGAAAGUUCUGUGAUGUAUCCCUCUUGGUGCAGGGUAGGGAACUUAGGGCUCACAAAGCAGUGUUGGCUGCUGCCUCUCCAUACUUCCAUGACAAGCUACUUCUGGGGGAUGCACCCCGUCUCACUCUGCCCAGUGUCAUUGAAGCCGAUGCCUUUGAGGGGCUGCUCCAGCUUAUUUAUUCAGGGCGUCUCCGCCUACCACUGGAUGCUCUCCCUGCCCAUCUCCUUGUGGCCAGUGGCCUUCAGAUGUGGCAAGUAGUAGAUCAGUGUUCAGAGAUUCUUAGAGAACUGGAAAGUUCAAGUGGUGGAAUUUCAGCCCGGGGAGCAACCUCCUACCACACACUUCUUUCCACCACUUCCACCACAUCCUCUCCAAGAAGUUGGUGCAUUCGCUCUUCUUUCCAGACCCCAGUGCAGUACUGUGCUUCCACUGAGAGCCCUGUGGGAGGGGAGGGGAGUGAACUGGGGGAAGUGUUACAAAUUCAGGUGGAAGAAGAAGAGGAAGAAGAAGAAGAAGAGGACCAGGGGUCAGCUGUACUCUCUCAGACUCCUCAGUCUCAGAGAGUAUCAGGAAGUUUAACCCAUCCUCAUGGAUCCCACCCACUACCCAUAUCUGUAACUCCCCUCAGGCUUCCAGAGAGUGAGAGCGCAUCACUUGAGCUUCCUGCCCCUCCUGCCACAUUGGCCCCCAAAGUCUUCUACAUUAAGCAGGAACCCUUAGAACCUAAGGAGGAGAUAUCAGGAGUUGGAACUCAGUCUGGAGGAGCAAAGGAGGAAGCCAAAGUGUUUCCUGGAGGGGACACUGAAGGGAAUGGGGAGCUAGGGUUCUUGUUGCCCUCCGGGGCAGGGGCAACAUCUGGGGGUGGAGGGCCAUCAUGGAAACCCGUGGAUCUUCAUGGGAAUGAAAUCCUGUCAGGUGGUGGAGGACCUGGGGGAACUGGGCAGGCUGUGCAUGGGCCUGUGAAGCUAGGGGGGACACCCCCUGCAGAUGGAAAACUCUUUGGUUGCUUGUGUGGGAAGCGAUUUGCAGUGAAGCCAAAGCGUGACCGGCAUAUCAUGCUGACCUUCAGCCUUCGGCCUUUUGGCUGUGGCAUCUGCAACAAGCGCUUCAAACUGAAGCACCAUCUGACAGAACAUAUGAAGACCCAUGCUGGAGCUCUGCAUGCCUGUCCCCACUGUGGCCGUCGGUUUCGAGUCCAUGCCUGUUUUCUUCGCCAUAGGGACCUAUGUAAGGGCCAGGGCUGGGCUACAGCCCACUGGACUUACAAGUGACUGCCAAGGCUGUAUACUUGAACUUCUAGGACUAGAUAACCACUGUUGCUGACGGAUACUUCUCCCUUACUACUAUGACAUCUGAGUCCUGCAUCUUGUAAUCAUGCCAAGAGGGUAGAUAGAUUAAGGACCCUUUGCUCUUGGAUAUGGGCUUCUCAGAUUUGGAAACUCAGAUUUCUCAUCUCAUCCCAGGUUUUGGCUAACCACCUUACACGAAAGUGGUUUUUACGCCAUACUUAAAUUGUUCACUUGCCCAUAAUGGACAUUCUUUUUAUAAUGGUGAAAUCCAUUGAGGAAACUACAUUUCACAUUAGAACGAUAUUUAGUGAAAGAAGAGUUAGAGCAAAAAGACAGUGAUAAACACAUAUAUUUUUUUAAUAGAGAUGAUAUCUCAUUCUUGCAUAGGCUAGUCUCAAAUUCGUGAGUUCAAGCAGUUCACUUGCCUCAGCCUCCCAAAGUGCUGGAUUACAGGUUGUGAGCUACCACACCUGACUAAUGAUAAACAUUUCAUUCAGUUUCCACAAGGAGUUAAAGAAACUAGUCUCUAGCUAGGGAUACCUUUUAUUCAGAGCUUGAGUAAUUCAGAGACUAAGCUUCAAACUUUUUCCUUCUCGUCGUUGAAAUGAUGUGAGCAGACUUCCUAUUGUGGACUUUUUUAUUAUAUCUUUCCAGAAGCCCCUCAGAUUGUUGCUUGAUUUCUCUCUAGUAGGCACCUUCCCAACUCUUUUUAUCUUGUAGUUAAGCACUUUAACAAACUUAGAACUCUCUUUAGUAGAAGGUAUUCCCUCAAUAGCCUGUGCCUCUGGUCUACCUUUGACCACUACUGAUAAUUCAUAUAUUGGUAACAGUGACUGGAAUGUGAUCAGUGAACUCAGGAGAUGGUACCUAAAGUGCCACAAGGGUGGCACCACUGCCCUAUGAACAAGUUGCUGUUGUCAAAGAGGGACUCAGGACUAGGACAGCACAUACUAAAGGCUGGAGAAUAACUUGCACAGUGAGACCACACCUUUCUCAUCCUACCCACAUAUAGAGACAGGCUCUCUAUUUAGGGGUGGAGGGGGACUUGCGAUUACUUAAUUUUUUUCAAAUAAACUGCCCUG